CCCACGGUCGUAUCGUCCCGCCGCGCUAACAAACAUUCGAGAGGUGAUGUCAGGCCUAGAGAACACAAUCUUACUCGCAUCUCGUUUAAAUAUCCUUCGAUAGAUACGCACCCUGACCGACCGAUUACGCUUAAACUCGGUUUUAUGAAUAUUAGAUCGCUUCAUACAAAAGCAGUUCUCGUUAAUGACCUCAUCACGGAACAUAAUCUAAACGUUUUUGGUCUCUGCGAGACCUGGUUAAAACCUAAUGAACUGCUGCCGCUUAAUGAGGCCUCGCCUCCAAAUUUUGUGAGCUCGCAUGUGGCGCGUCCUCGAAAAAAGGGUGGGGGUGUCGCCCUCAUCUCGAAUUCUGAGCUGAGACUUAGGCCUCGUUCGACCAAUGUAUUUAAAACAUUUGAAGUUCUCACUGUCCGAUCCACCGCUUUACCGUCAUUUUAUCUUGCUGUUAUUUACCGUCCACCCGGGGCUUACUCUGGCUUCCUGGAUGAAUUUUCAGAAUUCGUGGCUGAUCUCGUAACCAAUGCCGAUAAUAUAAUUAUCAUGGGUGAUUUCAACAUCCACAUGAAUUUACCGUCAGAGCCACUUACUUCGGCGUUUCAGACUUUAACUGAUAUGUUUGGUUUUUCGCAAGCCGUACAGGCAGCAACGCAUAAGAAUGGAAAUACCAUAGAUCUGGUAUUAUCCCGAGGACUUGCAACCUCAAAUAUAGCAGUGCUGCCAUACACUACUGUUUUGUCUGAUCAUUACCAAACAACAUGUUUGCUCGACCCUCUUCCAGCCAAACUACUUAAAGAAUUAUUUCAUAUUUUAGGACCGUCUGUCUUAAAUAUAAUCAAGCUGUCUGUCUCCUCUGGGAUAGUGCCAACAGCCUUCAAAACCGCUAUCAUUAAACCGUUGCUUAAGCGACCAAAUCUUGACCCGGACUGUCUCAGUAAUUAUAGGCCAGUUUCAAACCUCCCAUUUAUAGCAAAACUUCUUGAAAAAGUAGUAGCACAGCAGCUUAAUGAUUACAUGGUCGCCAAUAAUCGAUAUGACUCUUUUCAGUCUGGUUUUAGAGCUAAUCAUUCCACUGAGACAGCACUUGCUAAAGUGACUAACGAUCUCCUCAUAGCUAUGGAUUCAAACACUUCAUCUGUACUGUUACUACUCGAUCUUAGUGCUGCCUUCGACACUGUAGACUUUGAUAUUUUAUUAGGGCGUCUUAAAAGUUGUGUUGGUAUUUCAGGGUCAGCACUAGGCUCGUUCCAUUCCUAUCUAUCAAAUAGGACGCACCGAGUGGUCCAUGGCAAUGCGUCCUCUGAGCUCUAUAAUGUUACGUGUGGUGUCCCACAGGGAUCGGUUCUCGGACCAAUUUUAUUUAAUAUUUAUAUGAUCCCGCUUGGGGACAUAAUACGUAAAUAUAAUAUUAGUUUUCAAUGCUACGCGGAUGACACCCAAUUAUAUAUGCCAUUAUCGAUGACAGAUCCGCGUGAUUGUUGUAAUCUUGAGGCAUGCCUUGCGGAGAUCAAGCAAUGGAUGUCUCUCAACUUCCUUCGUCUUAACCCAGAUAAAACUGAGAUGUUGAUAAUUGGUCCAACUCGUUUUCAACACUUGUUCAAGGAAACCGCUAUAACUAUAGAUAACCGUACUAUCACUCAGAGCGAUACUGUAACUAAUCUCGGGGUAAUGUUUGACCAAACUCUCUCCUUUCAAAAGCACAUUAAGAAUAUAACCAGAAUUGCGUUCUUUCACCUUCGUAAUAUUGCAAAGAUUCGUCCGAUCCUCUCGACCGGUGAUGCGGAAACUAUUAUACAUGCGUUCGUCACGUCGCGCCUGGACUACUGUAAUGUACUAUUCUCUGGUCUUCCUAAGUCCCGCAUCAAAAGUCUACAGUUAGUACAAAAUGCUGCUGCAAGGCUGCUCUCACGGACAAGAAAAUUUGAUCACAUUACCCCAAUAUUAGCCAACUUACAUUGGCUCCCGGUCCAUUUAAGAUGUGACUUCAAGGUUCUUCUAUUAACCUAUAAAUCAUUGCAUGGCUUAGCGCCUUCGUAUCUCGUCGACCUAGUGGUUCCUUAUGCUCCGUCUCGUAACCUUCGUUCGCAAAACGCUACCCUUUUAGCGACACCGAGGGCCAAGAAAGUGUCUGCAGGGUCUAGAGCAUUUUCUAUCCGGGCUCCAGAGCUUUGGAAUGCCCUCCCAAUGGAUAUUAGGACUGCUACCUCAGUAGAAACAUUUAAGACACGUUUAAAGACACAUUUCUAUGACAUGGUAGUGGAAAACUACAAAUUCCUGGGUGCUCACCUUAACGACAAACUGGACUGGACUGAUCACACUCACGCCCUGUACAAGAAGGGCCAGAGUUGCCUCCACCUGCUGACGAGACUGAGGUCUUUCGGUGUGUGCAGGGCUCUCCUCAGGCUCUCCUAUGACUCUGUGGUGGCCCCAGCCAUCCUCUACGUUGUGGUCUGCUAG